AUGAAUGAAGCUUAUCAAUAUCAAAGGAAAUUUAUUUAAUUAACAGAGUAUGAAUAUACAAAUAAUAAUUGUUUGACUUAUGGAUUAUGGUCAAAAUAUAAUCCACUCAGUACAAUAAAUUAGGUAGGAAUGUAUGGUUUAUUCGAUAGUCAUUGUUUUCAUUUACAUAAUGCAAUUGAUUAAUAUUCAUAAAGUUUAAAUCUUAUAUAUUAUGAUUGCUUAGAUUUUGUUUCAAAGAAAAUAAUAAAAAACAUCUUAUUUAUCAAUAAUUUGAAUGAAUAAAAUAAAUUUGUAAUAGAUAUUGAUACAUUUGAUUAUGAAAAUACUUGGUAUUACUUACAAUUAAUAGCAUGGCCGUAAUAGAGUAUGUUUAAAUUAAUUGUAAUAAAAAGAUAGGAACUGUAAUUUUCAACAAUAAAGAAGAUGAAAUAUCCAUUUAAUGAUGAAAACUUAAUAUUAUCAUUUGGGGGUAGUUUUAUAGUACGUAAUUCAAAGAUAUAAGAUAUAAAAAGAGGUGAAAUAUUCUCAUAUUUUCCAGGUACUAUUAUUUUAUAAGAUUUUUCAAUCUAAAGUUUACCAUUUGAUUUUGAUUACUUGAAUAUUGCAAAUCAAGAAUAUAAAUAAUUUGAGUAAUGUGUUUGUUAGUCAAAUGAGAAAUUGUUGAUUGGAGAUAAGGAUUUCAAAGUAUAAGAUUAGGAUUUAUAUAUUUCAGAUAAUAAAAAUUGUGAUUCAUUUAUAUUAGUAGGAUGGAUUAAAAUAAAAGAGAUUAUAAAUCCAUCUGAAAUACUUGUUAUUUAUCAGUUAAUAAAAAUUUUAGCACAUUUAUAGAAUCCAAUAUUUUAGAAUCAAAAUUUAUCCCCCUUUUAAUUAUUUUAUCAUAUAACCCCUUUAUUAAAUGAGAUAGAGAUCACUACAUAUAGUUAUUCUUUUCCGGAUGUUGCUAUUGAUUUUUCAGAUAAUCCUUUCUUAAUAAAAAAGAAGUUUUUAAUGAAAAAUAAGAUUAUUCUCUGGCAUCAUUUAAAAGUUGAAUUAUUAAAUAAUAAGUUGAAUGUUGUAAUUAAAUUUUAUGAAGGUUAAGAAAUAUUUUAUUAUGAUGUCUAAUUUGAAGUUCAUCAAUUUCAUAAUAGCUUAUUUAAAAUAUAAUUUGGUAAUUGCUUAUAAACUUAAAUUAAUUAUUUAAACAUCUAAAUGAAAAAUAUAGAGUUUUUCAAUUGUUAUGAAGAAUUCAGAACAUAAAAUUGUCAUUACAGUUGUUUUGAAUGUAAUGGUCCAACCAAUUAAGAUUGUUUAUCUUGUUCAUUUGAAUCUAGUAGAAUCUAUAUUCCAGAAUAUUAAGUCUGUGUUUGUCCAUAUAAUACAAUUGAUAAUCAAAAUCAAUGUUAGACAUACAAAGAUUCAAAUCUUCGAGUUAUUGAAAAUGAAAAGCUAGAUAUUAAUUAUAAUUGCAAAUAUGGAUAUUUUGAGAUUGAUGGAGAUUGUAUAAAAUGGUAUAAAAUAAUUAUUAAUUAGUCCUUCUAUCAUUAGGAAAGAUUUUAUUAGUUGCAUGGAAUGUAUUAACAAUCCUAAGUCAUGGUUUGAAGAUCCAAUUUGUAAAAAAGUAUUAGUGAUAAAACAAAAUAUUACUUAUUAUGAUGCAUUAUUAUUAUUUGGUGAUAUCCAAUAUUACUUUGAUGGAAUAUUACUAAAUCCUAUUCAUUUAACUUAAUUAUUUAUUUAUGAAACUAACAUUUCAAAUUAUUCAGGUAUAUUCAAGGAAUUUUAUUUAGCUCAAAACUAUUUUAGAAAAUUUUGUUAGUAAAUGUAUUUUGUUGAAAAUGAUUAAUUCAUUUGUUAUGAAUGCUUAAUUUAAUAUUGUUAAAUUUGUUAAGUAACUCUGACUUCGUUAAUAUGUAUUAAAUGUUAUGGUGAUUACAAAUUAAUAGAUGGUAAAUGUAUACUAUCAGCUGAAAUUAAAGCAAAUUAAUAACUCAUUUGCUUACCACCAUAUUAUUAUUCAUUUGAAAACUAGUGUAAAAUUUGUAAAAUACAAAAUUGUAUAUACUGUUUUGAAUACUCUACUAAUAAUUAAAAUUUUUGUUCUUUAAUUAAGGUAGCGUAUUACAAUUUAAAAUUAAUUACAAAUAUAAAAGUUGGUUGUGCACUUUGUGAAGAAAACUUCAUUUAUGAUUUUACUCUAUAAUUAUGUUUAAGAUAAAUCCCAGAGAUUUAAAAUUGUCAAAGAUCAUAUAUAGAUUUAUAAAAUAAGGAAAAAUGUGUUUCAUCAAUAAAUGAUAACUUUUCUAUUGCACCAGAAAUAUCUAAUUGUUAAAAUUACAUUGAAAACUGUUAAUUAUGUUCUAUAAAUAUAGAACAAUAAAUCAAAUGUAUACUUUGUAAAGUUAAUUACAUUAUUGAAAAUGAUAAAUGUUAUGAGAACGAAGAAUUUGAUAUAUAGAAGAGCUUAAUCUAUAAUUAAAAACACAAGAUUUAAAGUUUUAUUCUUUAAUUUGUUCCAUAAAUGGAAUAAUAUGUUUAUAAAAAAUUUUUAAAUCAAUAAAAAGCUGCAGAUUGUGAUCCUGAUUGCAUUUUAUGUGACUAGAGUAAUUCUUAUUGUAUUUAAUGCCCAUUAAAUUAUUAUAAAAAAUAUAUUCUAACAGAAUCAAGCAAAAAAUGUACUUAUUGUCAUCCAUUUUGUGAAGUGUGCAUUCCACGUGCAAAGAAAGAUAUUCAAGUAAAAAUAUAAUAUAAUUAAUAGAAUUAUUAUCCACAUUUUAUUGUUAAUGAUGAAAAUUAAAUCUAUACCAAAUAAUGUAUUAAAUCAUAUGAUGAUCCUUCUUUUUCUUAUGAUCCUUAUACAUAAAAUGUUAGGUAAUGUUUUAGUAAGAAUUGCAAAGAUGAAUUUUUCUUUGAUAUUUCGUAAGAAUCAUGUGAUUUUACAAAAUUCAAUAGAUUUUAUGAGUCAACUAUCAAUAAUAAAUAUUGCAAUCAAAUUGGAAUUCAAUUUUUGACAAUUAAUUUCAUCUUUAAAAUCUCAUAAUAAUAAUGUAGUCUAAUACUUCCAUUUGAUAUUUAAACCGAAUUAAAAUAAAAAGUGUUUACUUUAAAAAGAGUCAACCUAAAAUUUUCAUCAAUAUAAUAUUUAGAAAUCAAAUCAUUUACUUCCAAACCUUUUAAUAAUUUUGAUUGUAUUGAGAUUAAUAAUUUAGGAUUUAUAAUCAACUCAGACUAACAUUUUAUUUUUCAUAAUAGCAAUACUAAAAUCGAUUUAAUUCUCACAAAUUUUACAAUAACUUAGAGUACACUAAAAAAUAUUGAUUCAUUAUUUAAAACAGAAAUAUUUGGAAAUAUAACUUUAAAUAAUUUUACAAUAAUAAAUACUACCUUUAUUAAUUCCUCAAUUUUUAAUACUUAAUCAAUCUAAAUGUGGGGAUAGAUUUUUAUAACAAAUUUAUAUAUUAAAAAUUGUACAUUCAUAGAAUCUACAUUAUUUAAAUUAUCCUAAAUUGAAUCCUAAAUAUUUUAUAAAUAUCUCAUUCUAUAUUAAUCUAUUUUAACAAGAUCAUCAAUCUUUAAUUUUUAUAGCACUUAUCAAAAAUAAAAAGUUUUACAUGGAUUGAAUACCAUUAUACGAAAUAACAAAUUCUACAGCUCUUAUUUAGUAAAUAGCACAUAUUUAAUUUAAGUAAUUUUAAAUGAUUUUUAAUUUUAUUUAAACCUUAUGAACACCUCUAUUAUUAUAUCUGUUAAUUUUAAUAUUACAAUAAGUUUUAUUAAGAUUCAUUAAAAUUUAUUUGCUUUUUCAUAAUUCUUAUCCAUUAAUUACAUUUUAUUAAAGAAUGAAAUACUAUUAAAUGUGACUAAUUUUGAAGCUAAUCAUAAUCAAUUUUAGGUUUCUAAUUUAAUUGAGAUAUUUACAACUUUGUCAAAUAAUUUUCUUCUAAUUGAAUUUUCCAAUUUUUCUAUUAUAAACAAUAGCAAAUAUACUAAUCAAAAUGAAAAAAGUCAAUUGUUUCGUAUAAAUAGUUAAGAAAUUCACAUAUCAAACUGUUUAAUUAGCGAUAACGAUGAUCUAAUAAUAUUUUAAUUGCCUGAGAAUAAAUUAAUAUUAAUUUAAAAUAUCAUAUAUUAGAAUUCAAUUCAGAAUUUAAAAAUUCCUUUCUCAUAAACUUGUUUACACACAAAAAAAUAAAAUAAAUUACUUUAAAUUUAUGGAUUCAAUACUAUUUCAAUAUAGAAUUUAUAAAUUUUGAAAAUUGUAAGUGUUGAUGAAUCUAUAAUAACAAUAAAUCCAAGUUUCUAAAAUUUAUCAAAUACUAUGAGUUGGAUUGAGAUGGUUAAUCUUACAUUCUGUGAAAACAUUCUCAUAUAAUCAAUUUUAAUUAAUCAAAUCUCCUUAUUAUUAAUAGAAUCAGAAAAAAGAGUUGACAUUCUACUUGAAAAUAUUAAAUACAAUGAAAACUUUUUACAUUCUUAUUCUAGCAGUGUAUUAAAAACGACAAUUAGUUUAUUAUAGAUUUAGUCUUCAUUAAGUCAAUUAAAAAUAGACAAUUUUCUCUGUAAUAAUAAUGCACUUACUAAUUCUUCAAAUUCCUUUAUUAUAAUAAUAUCAGCUAAUGUAAUAAUAUCCAAAUUUUCAAUUAAUAAUCACAAUUUUUUAUCAUAAUAAUUGUGGGUUAAAUAUUAUGAACUUUAAAUCAAACAAAAUCUAGAUUAAGACAAUCUAAAUGAAAUUAUUUUUUAAAUUGUAAAGAAUAUCGGAGGGGUAGCAUAAUUUUUAGUUUAAUAAUUAUCUUGUCUUAAUUGCACAUUUUCUAAAAUUCUUGCUAUGUAAAGCUAAAUUUUUGAGAUUACAACGACAGAAGAAGGUUUAAUAAACUUAUAAAAUAUUACCAUAAAUCAAGUAGAAAAUAAUCUAUUAUCAACUGAAAAAGGUUCAGGAUGCUUUAACAUUUAUUCUUCAAACAGUAAAUUUCAUCUAAGGUUAGUAAAUGCUUUUUUAUCAAAUAUUUUUAAUAGAAUGGCUUCUCCUAUUUUCAAUAUAAUUCCUUCAAAAUCAUCAAAUAUCAUUUUAGUAUAAGAAACUAAAAUAUUAAAUUGUGUUUUAUUGGUCAAUUAAAUAUUUAACGUUUAAUUUUCAUCAUCCAUAGCUUAUUAAAAUAUAGUAAUUAUAAUAAAUAUGAAAAUUACAUAAAAUGAUUAAGUGUGGAUGAAUUAUUUUUCUAAAAUUCGAGAUUUAUUCAUUUUAGAAAUAAAAGAUAUUAAAAAUAGUUAAAAUUCUUUAAUUUAAUUUCAAAAUUGCAUUAUAUAGAUUUAAGAAUUUAUAAUAGAAGGACUCCUCAUUAAUUCUAUCUUCUAAUUUGUCAAUAUACCAAAGAUGGUACUAUAAAAUAUUAAAAUAAAUAAAAUAUAACCCUUAUAUUCAUUUAAAUUAAUUUAAGUAAUCUAACUUUAAUAAGCAUAAUCAAUGUCGGUUAUUGAAAAUCUAAGUAUUACAAGUAUUUAGCUUUAUAAAAAUAAUUUUAUAUUUGAAUCAAAAUUCUCAUUAAUUAAUUAUUACAUACAAAUGUGUAGCAUCGUUUAACAAUAAUUUGAAAAAUAUUAACGAGAUAAUUUUUAAUCUAUUUUAAGUUUUUUUUAAUAAAAUGAUGAUUAAUAAAGCUCAUUCAUUUAUAUAUAAAGUAUUUCGAAAUUGAAUGGUUUCUAUUUUAGAGAUGUUACAAUUGAAUAUAAUGAUUGCUAAUAAUGUUAAAAUGGAUUAAUCUUUUUUGAAUUAUCGGAUUUUAAAUUUAUUUAGCUUAAAAAUUUCAAUUGUAAUUAUAAUUAAAUAAAAACCUUUGGAUGCCUACAUUUUUUAUCUAUUACAUAACUUUAAUAAAAAAUCUAAAUAGAAAAUUCUAAUUUCCUAUUUAAUAAUGGAACUCAAGGUAUUGGUAUAUAUGCUUAAAAAGUGAGUCUAAAAAUUAAAUUAUGCAAUUUUAUAAACAAUAAUGCCUAAGACUUUGGAGGAGGUUUAUAUAUGGAUGUUGAAUUUUCUAACUUUAUUAUUAAUAGAUCAAUCAUCAUAGGAAAUAAAGCUAGAAUAGGAGGUGGUAUAUAUUUAGAGAGAUACAAUAAUUUAAAUAAUAAUAAUUUUAUAUCAUCAUUAUUGUUUUUCAAUACUGCUUAGGAAUAUGGGAAUAAUAUCAAAGAGAUUCCCACUCAUUUAGCUUUUUACAUCAAUUAUAUAGAGAAUCCUUCAAAAUCUAUUAUUCUAAAUAAAUAGUAAAUAAAUAUAUUGUAUAUAAAAACUUACAGAAUGAUUGAAUAAGGUAAUUAAAUCUUUAUGAAAGAAUUAUUAAUUCCAAGUAAAUAAAUUAUUAAAUCUUUUUAAAUUUUUGACAUACAUGAAUCAAAAUAUAAACCGUUUAUAAAGGAUAUUUUUUUAUGUUUUAAAAACAGUAGAAAUGAAGUAAUGAAUUUUAUCAAUUCUUCUUGCACAGUUAAAGAUAAAAUAAUAAGUAAAGACCAUUAAGAAAUAACAGAUAGAGAGUUUACAAAAAUUUUACUAUUUGAUAUUUCAAAAAAUUCUUUCGAUUUUGGAUCACUAUCGUUUAGUUUAGAUCCAUAUAUAUAAGAGUGGAAUUAUUUAUAGAUUGAUAUAAGUUGUUAACUAAAUGAAUCAAAGAAUAGUUUAAAAUAUAGAAUAUAUACAAAGAGUCUAAAAUGUUAACUUGGUGAGUUUUAUGUAGAUAAUGGAUGUCAAAUCUGUUAACACAAUUAAGGAUAUUAUUCUGUUACAUAUAAUGCUACAAAAUGUUCUAUAUUCGAUAAAAACAAGUAUUCUGAUAUUACUUCAAAUAUGAUUAAAUUACUUCCUGGAUUUUGGAGACCAAAUAAUUUUUCUGAUUAUGUAGAAUCUUGUUUUAAAAAUUUAUUAUUUUGUAUUGGAGGAUGGUAGGCUGGAGAUAAUACAUGCAUAUAAGGACAUAUUGGUGCUUUAUGUGAAGAAUGUGAUAUGUAUGAUAUAAGAGGAUAAGGUAAUUUUUAUAAAAAUUAAUGGGAUUUAAAUUGUAGAUAAUGUUAAUUUGAUUGGAGCAACAUAUUUACUUUUAUAUUAAUAAGUUUUUGGUAUUUUAUAUAUAUUAAUUAUAAGGACAUUUAUAUCUAUAUCUAUAUCAUUAAGAGGUGUUUCUAAAUCUAAUUAGAUGUAUUCAAUACUCAUAAUAACUUAAAGAUUUAGCAAAAUAUUAUUUAAAUUAAAUUAAGGUAAAUAAAAUUAAUAAAAUUUAGAUCAAGAAAGUAUUUAAUUAAAAAUGUUGAUAAAUUAUUUGUGGGUUUAUUCAGUCAUUUUUACAUUUAACAUAACAUUUUCAUUUUCUUUUCUUUUUAUUGAAUAAACUAGUGAUACUUCAUAUUUUAUAGCCAAAGAUUUAGACUGCUAUAUAUUUUCUAUUGAAAAUAUACAUUUAAUUUACUUAAAAAUAUUCACAAUGUUAAUCUUGAUGAUUAUACUAUUUAAUCUAACUAUUACAGGAUCAUAUUUACACACUCUAAUAACCAAACAAAAGCAAGAUAAUAGUUUCUUUUCAAAUACUGCACUCUAUUUAUAUCUAUUUAAUUAUGCAGGAUUAAUUAAAAUGUAUAUAAUAUUUAAAAUUAAAAGGUUCUCAUCAAUUCUAUCAAAACGAGAAAUAUCAAAUCACAAUUACAUAUAGGGAGAUGUCUCCUUAAAAUAUGGAUCUCGAGUUCAUUUAAAUUGGAUGUAUUAUUUUAUUAUUCCAGGAAUAUUUAUUAUUGGUGUAUUCAUUCCUAUUUUAAUUGUUAUUCUAUUGCUUUUAAACAAAAAUAAGUUAGAUAAAAUUAGGUUAAGAAAACAUAUUUGUUAUCUAUUGAAUGAAUACAAAUAAGAAAGAUAUUAUUGGGAACUAAUCAAACUAUUUAAUAAAUCUAUUAUAAUCUUUAUAAUGACAAAUUUUGAAACUGAAAUUAUCUUAAAAGCAUCCUUAUUAGGAUUGACCUUGUUAAUAUAUUAACUAUUGGCAAUUCUCCAUUAGCCAUUCAUUUUAUAAAAAUAUAAUGAUUUAGACAUAUAAACAUCCCAGAUUUGCUCAAUCUCUAUAUUUUUAGCAUUCACCAAAAGUAUUUGCGAAUAAAAAAAUUAUAUAUUCCCUUCUAUUCUGAUUCAAAUAUUGAUUUUAGGAUGCUUACUAAAACUUUGUUAUCCUUUUAUUUUUGGAAUUACGAGAAGUUAUUUUAAAAAGCUUUCAUCCAUUUUUUUGAAUAAAUUGCAUCUCUUUUUUAAUUUGAACGUACCAAAUUUUUAUUUUACUCUAAUCUUAGAAAAGUUCUUGAAAAAACAAGAACUAAAAUAGCAAAAAAUGAAGAAUAACAUUGCCAAAUUGAAGAGCCAUUUAAUAUUUUUGUCAAAAAUUCAAUUAAGAAAUUCAAGGCAAAUAUUGACAAAUAUUUCUUGUUAAAAAUAAUAUUCCCAUAAUAGUUCAAGAAUUCUUAGUACUAAAUCAAGUAGAAUAGGAAUAGAAAAACUAAUUUUUAAUAAUGUUGAAGAAUAUUAAUCUAAUAAAAAAUGA